AUGUCAAAAAAACCUCAUGAGAAACCGUUGUCACCUGCUACUGAACAAUAUUUCAAUUUCUUAGAAGAAGCGAAGGAUUAUUUGAAAUCGUUAAAAUUAAGAGACACUAGAGUUAUACUUUCUAGAAGAAAAUUAGGAUUCAUAAUUUCAAUAAACAGUUUAAAGGGCCUGUAUGAAUAUAGAGUCAAAGAAACCAAAGAGCUGAAGUACCUUCUCACAUAUAAGUUAUCUCAAGAUCAUUUGGAAAUUUUUUUCAGUUGUAUAAGAAGCAAAGGAGGAUACAGCAAUAAUCCUACCUCGAAGCAGUUUCAGAAUAUUUUAAAAAAAUUAUUACUUCAUACUGAAAUAAGUGGCAAUGAAGCAUCCAAUGUCGUGGCAUUAGAUAGCACAUCCAUUUUGCACUGUUCAUCAUCUUUAGAGAUCAAAAUUAGUGAGGAUAUGACCUCAUCAUCAAACAGUAUAGAGGAAGAUGAAGAUUUUAUACAAUUUAAAAACUUUCUUCUAAUAAGGCCUUGGCAGCUUACACUGUAUCUGGAACAUGUUGUUGCAUAUGUUGCAGGUUUUGUUGUGAAGAGGCUAAAAGGGACUAUAAAAUGCCAGAGUUGUUUAGAUUUGUUAGAAACUUCAGGAGAGUCUAUAUCGAAAUUACAAAUAAGAAAAACGUAUGGAUAAUUAGUUAAAGCCUCCGCUUUUGUAAUAAAUGUGUGUAAAUAUGGAGAACAUUACUUUAGGUCAUAUAAGGAAAGGUUAGAAGUUGGCAAAAAAAUAUUAACAAAUUAUACAUUGCAAAAUUUACCUCUUGGAUUUGGAAAUGUAUUUAAGGACCAUGUAUUCGAAGAUGAACCUUUAAGUAAUCAUUUUCCACUGCUCUGUAAACAAGUUUUAGAACAAUAUUUUACCAUUAAGUUGUACCAUUAUACCUGUUAUAUGGCCAUAGUAACUACGCAGUUAUUAUACAAUGUUGCACCAGACGAUGUGUCAGCAUAUGAUAACAACUUCUCGCUAAUCCGUUGCUAGAAUAGUUCCUUUGCUGUUUUCUGCUAAUUCUUAGUCAGCUUUCUGAAUGUAUAAAUAGGCCUCGCGGUCAUAUCCUGUUGUUCAAUACCCGGUUAGACUCCGUAAAUGUCACAUUUGUAAACCUUUG